UUCAGAGGAGCAUGUACUAACAUGCCCACAUUACGGCACUUCCAAGUAGACUGUAACAAUAUAUAAAAGUCGGAAAUGGCUCUGUAACCGCGGAGGUGUCUGCCGGCAAUGUAGCGACGAUGCGUUAUAAAGAGGAAUCUGUUCUUUAGCGGAAAUAUUUUCACGUGUAACAUUUAAAAUGAGCUAUUUACGCCAUAAAUAAAGCGGUCUUAAUAUUCGUUAAAGCUACACGAAAACAGCAGUGGACACUUUAAUCUAACUGCCUGAUUAUUUUCAUAUACCGCGUUACACCAACGCCUAUCUAGAAUGAGCCUGUGUAAAGUCAUGAAGGAUGGCCAUUUGGAGAAGAGGAGUAAUGGACUUCUACAGCUGUGGAAGAAGAAGCGUUGCGUUCUCACGGAGGACGGACUCUGUCUGUACGACUGUAAAGGCGACAACAGUAAAGAGAUGCGCUUCGAGCAGAUGAGCACGCUGGACUGCGUGGAGUAUAAGCGGGGUCUGGUGUACUUCACCAUCGUGAUGAACGGCGGUAAAGAGAUUGACUUCAGGUGCCAGCAGGAGGGAACGGCGUGGAACGCGGAGAUUGCGCUCGCGCUGGUGCGCUUCAAAAACCGCGUCGCCGUUCAGACCGGCAGGAAAAGACACAUGUCACAUCUGGGCAGCUGCGGGGAGGGAGAUGUCGAGCUUUGACUCAACGGCUGAGGGUAAACACCUAUGGCAGAAUUCCUCAGCACAGACAAAGGAUCCAAAAUAGAGAGUGAGACUGUGGACGAGAAAGGGAAGGCGUUUGGAAGCCCAGUGUUAAGGAAACACCUGAUGAAAGGUUUAUUCCAAACUUAAAAACCACAGAGAAGUUUGAAGACUUUUUUUGCACUUCCACCAUUUUCUAAAGUGAUAUCCACAUCUCUUUGUAAAUGACUCAUUGGAUGAAAUUAUAUGCAUUGGUGUUACGCCAUGGAUAAUCUUUUAAAAUCAUUGGAGUUAUUUUGCUUGCCCUUUUGUUGCAGAAGCCAAUGGCAAUAGAGAGACCCCAUGGAUUGCUCUUCACCAUAAUUCAGCAUGCAUGCUAAUUUUACUCUUCACAACAGCAGAGUGUCAGAGUGUACAUUUUUAAAAUACAUUUUUGUUUACCUCAUUCUAAUUGGAGGACUCCGUUUUGGGCUCACAGUCAGUAUUAAGCAUGAUGAUGCUUUCAAAGACAUUAACCAUAAAUGAAGUAUGACUCACAGCCCCUGUGGUGCACUGUUUAACAUUUCAUAAGUGUUUAAAAGCCGAAUCUGGAUUUAUUCAGUUGUAAAGGCUUUUCAAUAGCAGAAAAAGCAUGCCAGGAAGACUUGACUGCUGUUUCUUGGAAUGUAUCCGACUGAGUGGAAAACUAGGUUGAUGGCUGGGCAAUGCUGUUAUUAUCUUUUUGCAAUUUUUCCAUAUUCUGUAGCCUAUGUAACCUGAAUGGUUGCCAAAGUUUGAAAAUAAUCUUCUGUGUAAUAGGUAAAAAAGAACAUUCUAAAGAAUUGUUUUUGAAUUCUGCACAAAGUUCAUUAUGUCAUAAGUUAGACAUUUGUCCAAAUAAAAAAAAAAGACUUUGGCUUUGUAAAGCAUAUUAGUGUGAAUCUCUUUUAAUUAGUUUGUAAAGACCCAAGGCAACAGCAGAAUAUUUUAUACUAAUUAGAAGCCCAUGACUAUAGAGGCUGCAGUAGUUCUGUGUGUUAAAUGCAGCUUACAGUUGCCCUGCUUACCUGACUCUCAACACCAAGUGCCUCUGUGGCACAUGCCCGGACAAUGGCCUCACUGACUAACAGUGUCCCGCCUUUCCUGCUUUCUUGAGUCAUCAGUCUGAAGCCAUCAAAGAAGUUGUCUAACAGGGAUUUUUUCUUCAGGGUGAAUAUGUUUUGCCAUUGUGCAGUAUGGAAGUUAAAAUGUACUCCUGCAUUAACAAACAGUGGCGUGUGAAUUGCAUGAAGAGCGGAAGUGUGAUAUUUAGUUAAAAUACUUUCUCUUAUUAUUAACCGGGACGUCCCAUAUUUUUGCCGAAAUUAUGACAUCCCUCUUAUCCUGUAUUUCACGGACGGACAGUGAAGUACUGUCCCCGUCAAAUGGCUGUUCCAUAUUUAAGGACUCAAAAUGCUCAAAACGUCCCAUUUUGAAGUGGCAAAAUGCUCAGGGGGAACCCCUCCCCUUGGUCGGUUGAUGGAACUUUGUGCAUCUCGUGGCUAAACAUCACAAUGUCAUAAUACAAGCCAAUGAGUUUGGAUAUUACUGAUGCGUCACCAUAUUAUAUUUUUACAGGAAUUGCUCGAUGAUUUUGUUUGAUGUGUACGGUGGCCAUGAAGUGCAAAACAAAACAACAAAUAUGAAAACACAAUGGCAAAAACAAAGUAAUAGUUCAGAGACACAAAAAAAACCGACAGCAUAUUUGUACACCACCUACAUCUUAGCACAGUUUGUGGACUUUUUACAAAACUGGUGGAUAUCGAACUUAAAGGUGCAUUCAGUAUAUUUUCCUCAUUUAAAAAAGUUUUACUCCUAAAGAAAUGAAUUGUAUUUUUGAAAUAUAUGUGAACAAUCAUGAGCACUUACAUGAGAUGAAGACUCCAGUCAUAUCAGUAACCUUAUAAAAGAUGUUUUAUUUUUCUUGGAGAGGUUCCGCACUUGGGGGCUGCCAUUUUAAAAUCACAUGACCAGCCAAAUGCUACUCACUUAAUUUCAGUAACCGUCCUGUUUUUGGACACUUUCACUCAUGAAUUAAGUUAAUUAUGGCUGACUAUGAAUAGUGAAUUUCUAUAAUGGCAUCUGAAACUGAAAAAUAUUUAUUUAAAUGAUGCUGCAUCCAGAGCACUAGGAGUCAGUGGAAGUCCAAGACAAAAAAUUCUGAGUGCACCUUUAAAACUAACUUAAUCCCUUUUGCUCCUUUUGCUUUCUGUGUUCUAAAGUAUUCAGUUUCUGUUUUAAUGUGUGAGAAACCAAUCAUGAAGAAAGGACUAGAUAUCAUCCACAAGCUAUGGUACAUAUGGUUCCUUUCCAUGAAUGAAAAAUGAAAUUACUGACUGUUAAAGAUCUGUUAAUCUGUUAAAGUCACUAAUAAUCUAAAAACCACAGAUGGAAGAGUCAGUUUGUAUGGAAAUCCAAAUGGCGACCCAAAAUUGAGCCACAGGUCUGUUCUGAUCUGUCUGUUCU